GGAGCAUUCAAGUCAAUCAUUACACACAGGGUACACAACUCCAGUCAGUCUCUGGUCAGAUUUCUGCUACACUGCCUGACUGCUGAGCUGGAGUGCAUAUAAAAGGCUUCCACAGGAAUAAACAGGCUCUAUAUUCCAUUUUACAACCUUCCCAGGCAAUUUCGGCUCAGAACCACUGAACUGUCCAUGGCCCGUGUUCUUUCCCUGUUUCGUCCUCAGCCUUUUCUGGUCCACGUGGGGAGGAGAAAACCUAUGUUGUGCAAAAUGUCAAUGGACUCUCGGGCACGCAAGGUGUUUGCAGCCGCGGUGGAAGCCGUGCAGCCAGACACGGUGGUCCGGCAGAGUAUAGAGCGCAAGGAGGACUCAGUCAUAAUCAGUGGUCAUACAUUCACGCUUAAGCACAACCUGCACUUGGUUGGCUUUGGAAAAGCUGUACUGGGUAUGGCUGCUGAGGCAGAGAGGAUUAUGGGGGAUCAUUUGGUGAAAGGGGUAAUAAGCGUGCCGCAUGGGAUUCAGCAGACAUUACAGCAGCAUGGAAAAAAUCACCUCUUGUUAAAAGAAAACAGUCGCAUCAGAGUGAUGGAGGGAGCUAAACACAACCUGCCUGACAUUGAUGCCCAGAAUGCAGCUGAAGGGAUCAAGCAGUUAGCCAGUGAACUGACGGAGAACGAUCUGCUACUUGUACUGAUUUCAGGUGGAGGCUCGGCGCUCUUACCUGCCCCCAUCCCACCAAUCUCAUUGCAAGAGAAACAGGAUGUGACCCGCAAACUUGCAGGUGCCGGUGCCACUAUUCAAGAGCUGAACACUGUGCGACGGGCCCUUUCUGAUUUAAAGGGUGGAGGGCUUGCGCAUUGUGCUCACCCAGCCCAGGUGGUUUCACUGAUAUUGUCCGAUGUCAUUGGGGACCCUCUGGACUUGAUAGCCAGUGGCCCCACCGUGUGGAGUGAGGUGUGGCCUGAAGAAGUUUUGUCAGUCCUUGAACGUUACAAGCUGUUAAACAGCCUACCAGCCUCAGUAAAGGAAGUUCUCGGGAGACCAAUGCCAAGGUGGAGGGAGACUAAAGGUGAAUCCAAUACAUCAGGACGUGUUCACAAUACUGUGAUCGGCUCCAACAGCGUUGCCCUCAAAUGGGCCGGUCGCCGUGCUCGGGAGUUAGGUUUCUGCCCCGUUGUGCUGGCACCAGGAGUGUGUGGCGAUGUGAGGUCAGUCUCCAGACUAUACGGCCUCCUGGCUCGCUUUGCCUGCUCCCGAGAGGAACCUCCUCCAGAGAUUGCGGCUGAGCUUCUGAGGCUGGGGCCGGAAGUAGGUGUGGAGAGCUGGGACCUCUGCCGUACCAUGCAGGUCUUGGGUGAAGGCCGUACAGAAGGAUGGGGUUCCACGUGUCUGUUGGCUGGAGGGGAGCCCACUGUGGAGCUGACAGGCAAGGGUCGAGGGGGUCGAAACCAGGAGCUGGCUCUGCGAGUGGGAUUGGAGCUGAGAGGCCUGAAGCUUCCGCCUAAUGGUCCCGUCUUCCUGAGUGGUGGAACUGACGGUCAGGAUGGACCCACUGAGGCAGCGGGGGCCAUCACUGAUGGGGGGUUGUACGAAGAGGCUCUAGCACAGGGGCUGGACAUCGACAACGUCCUCACCAACAAUGAUUCUUAUACUUUUUUUACAAGUCUUUCUUCCGGGCAGCGCCUACUUGUACCUGGCCUAACCUGCACCAAUGUGAUGGAUGUGCACAUGCUACUUAUUCCACCAAUUCCCAUUAACAUGAGAUAAACACAUAUCAAAUAAAAUGAUCUUGGUCCAAUAGAUCUGGAUAAAUAAAAUCAUUAAUCGUCCAUUUGACUUGG